AUGCCGAAUAACCAAAAGAUUGAGCAGAAGGAACAAAAGGGAGAAAAGAGGCAAAGAACACGAGCGUACAGUGCAGUGCACAGAUACAGUGGGCGGUGGUUUCCGGUGAUGCAUGGCUGGCGCACUUUGUUUCACAUACCCUUCACAGAUGAGGCCAGGAUAUCUUUACAGCCACAAGACUCCAUUCUGGUCACACGGUGGCGACGGUACUGGCUGUUUGGAGAGAGGACGUCAGUUUCCGAUGGAAGCAAAGCUCGUGGCUGGUUCCCGCGUUCUUGUGUUGUGGAGAUAUCCUCAUGUCAGGAUGACAAGGAUGACAAUUAUCACCACCAUCCUGUCAGUGGGGACUCAAAAAAAACUCAGUAAAGAUAAAUACCUCUUGACAUUAUAUACAUAGCACAUUGAGGCAGUAUUGUUAAAACAACGAAAUUAUUAGAUUUAAGGAGGAAAUGAUGUUUUAAAUUUUGUUAACAUCAGAGCAAGUGAUUUUACUACUUAGUACCAUAGAUAAAUGGGUAAAAAAUCAAUUAGUGUGUGUCAUCCUUCUACGCUAUUAUUUUUCGUUGCAAUUAAUUGUUAGUGCAGAUUGUAAAUUGAUUGCACUUCAUAAGCUAGCUAAUAUUGGACUUAUUGUGUUU